AACCGCUAAUUCGCCGAUUUCGUCCCGAAAUCGCCCCAUAACCCGUCAUUAAAUCGAAAUGGGUGCAUUAUUGACUCACCGCCCCCGUUAGCCGCCCCCCGGGCCGCGUUUUGGGUCGCAUCCAGUGUGCGAGAAACCGGAAAUACGUCAAAAAACAAAUACGCAUCUGCAUCGGCUGCCAUUUUAUUUUAGUGACAAGUGCGUGCAAGCGUAUUUACAAAUACGCUUAAAUUGUGUGUCUGUGUGAGGGUGCGUGAGUGAGAAUGUCGGUGGAGUACCUCCAAGUGGCCGAGGACGAGGGCGAGGAGCCCAUCGAGUUGCCCACCGAAGAUGACGGAACUCUGCUUCUGAGCACUCUGGCGGCACAGUUCCCGGGCUCCUCGGGGCUCAAGUACAGGAAUCCCGAGACGAAAGCGAUGAGAGGCGUGCGAUUGAGCGAGGGGCGGCUGCAUCCGCCACCAGAGAUCGGCUGGGGCACGCAGAUUUUCUACUGUGUUUUUCCCAAAGAAAACAAACGGAAAUCGGACGACAAUUUAGAAAAUUCAACUGCGAAAACGAAACGUAUGGAAACAAAACUAAGAUGUACAGACUUGAUAGUGUUAGGAUUACCUUGGAAAACAACAGAACAGAAUUUACGCGAAUAUUUCGAAACGUUCGGUGAAGUUUUAAUGGCUCAAGUGAAGAAAGACCCCAAAACCGGCCAAUCAAAAGGCUUCGGUUUCAUUCGCUUCGCCUCGUACGAAUCCCAGAUGCGUGUCUUGGCCCAAAGGCAUAUGAUUGACGGUCGAUGGUGUGAUGUCAAAGUACCCAAUUCAAAAGAAGGUCUGAUCCAACAAGUGCCCUGCAAAGUGUUCAUCGGCCGUUGCACUGAAGAAUUAACCGCCGACGAUCUUCGCGAAUAUUUCGGCAAAUAUGGCGAAGUCACCGAUGUUUUCAUCCCGAAACCGUUUCGCGCAUUCAGUUUUGUUACAUUUCUGGACCCCGAAGUGGCCCAAAGUCUCUGUGGCGAGGAUCAUAUAAUCAAGGGUGUGUCAGUUCAUGUUUCAAACGCCGCCCCCAAAUCCGAAACACGAGGCGGUGGUUAUGGGGGCGGCGGACCACGAGGUGCCAAUCAUGGGAAUAACAGGAGCGGACCGGGACCUGAUGGGCCUGGGAUGUACCAACAAAGGUACAAUCCAGGUCCGAAUCAGGGCAAUUGGAGCAAUCAGGGGCCGAGGGGAAAUAUCGAUAUGCCCAAUUUACAAGCUUUAGGUAUAACCGGUCAAGGUCAGCAAGGUAGUAACCAACAAAGCUGUAAUCCAUUGGGUUUGGGUUUGAAUUUGAGCGCUUUACCCAUGAAUCCCGCUCUGGUCGCUGCCGCAUUGAAUCAAGCAGGCUGGGGGCUUAUCGGUAAUUUACAGAAUCAGCCCGAACCGAAUUUCAAUCAGGGCUUCAACAACGGCCCCAACAAUAACAGCGGCAACACGCCGAACGGCAGCAACCAGGGGGGUAGCAGCAAUCCUGGUUUUCUCAGUUGGAUAAAUCAGGGCGGCGGUCAAAACCAAGAUGGCGGCCAAUGGCCUCGACCGCCCCCCCAACAGGCGCAGGAGAACAAGGGAUUUCUCAAGGACCUGGGAUUGGUAUUGAAGCCGUGGAGCGCCGCACACAAGACUGAACUCGCGCGUUGGAAACUCAAGAUUUUACUAAGAUUGUUGAAUAAAUUAUUGCAAACGAAAAGUGCUUUAUUUCCACCUUACUCACUCAACAAGUACACACAAAACUCUCGAUACUUGUUGAAAAUCACCGAGAUGAUGUCGACUUUGACGAAGAUCAACCAGGCCAAGGCUAAGUACCACACAACACUGAAUAUUUUAGACACGAUCCACAUCCUCCUCGAGUGUCUCUUGGCCUGUUCCAAGCUGUCAUCAUCCUCUUUCAACAGAUACCUCCUGCCUCCUAUUGUGGCCUUGACGAAGUAAUCGUAGGGCUCCACAUCGUCCUCACCGUACUGAAAACUCCCGAAAUCCUCCUCAAGCAAGUCCUUCUGCAGCUCCACCGACUUGUCGUUGAGGAACUCCCACUGAUUCCGCGAGAAGUACUGAAGGGCCAUGUUCGCCACGUAGAUCCGUCUCUGGAUUUUGACCAACCUGGCAACAGAACAUUAUCGACCAAACAAAACCCCCCACACUUACAUGGGUUUCUUGCCCAUGACUUUGAGCAGCCCGUCGAUGAUGAGCGCCGGGAGCAGAUGGUAGAAGUACACUUUGAGCAAGUAGGCGUAGUAGCACUUGUUCACCGACCCGGAGGGGUACCAUAGCACGUCGUUGAAGGGCACGUCCUCGCAGAUGCCCUUGCCCAUCUCGACCAUGUCGCCCAUGGUGAUGGGCUGCACGUCGUUGUUGCUGCCGUUGUAGAAGACGGGGUUUAGGCGCUCGGGAGACCUGCGAUGGUAAGUUAGUUUUUAGGUUUUGGAGGGUUUGGAUCACUGUACUUGGUCUUGACGGCCUGUUUCCACGCUGCUAUGAUCAUUGCUUUGGCGAGGAUGUCCACUGGGACGUAGUCGGCGAUUACGUCGGGGUCGCUGUAAACGGUGUGCACGAUGCCUUUGCCGGAGGCCACCAGCAGGCCCACCGGGCCGUUGAAAUUGUCAAUCCAGCCCGGGAAUGGCUCGUGUGCGGUGGAAAUGAC